GGGACGUUGGCUCGCUAAGCAAGGAUUGGGGGGAUUCAAGUGCUUAGAGAUCUGAGUCAGGCCUUGGGUAGGGGGAGUCAGACAAUUGGAAAGCCUAGCUGGUUAUUUGGGGAGGGGUCUUUGCGCUUUGGCGAAGCGCAAAGCUGCGCCUUUUUGGCUGAAGACCUGAGGCCUCGUGAGGAGAGGCUGCUGUGAAAGGGUGGGCCAGCUGGGCCAGUUCAAGAGAAAGAAAGUGAAUCAAUCAGGACUAUAAGUGGGCGGGGGGCCCCUGAGAGGGGGGUCACAAAGGGUGAGACAUGGCCACCAGGCGUUUAACCGACGCUUUCUUGUUGUUGCGGAAUAAUUCCAUCCAAAACCGGCAGCUGUUAGCCGAGCAAGAGCUGGAUGAGCUUGCCGAUGACCGCAUGGCACUGGUGUCAGGCAUCAGCUUAGACCCAGAAGCAGCAAUUGGUGUGACAAAGCGGUCACCUCCUAAGUGGGUGGACGGAGUGGAUGAAAUACAGUACGAUGUUGGCCGGAUUAAACAGAAGAUGAAAGAAUUAGCCAGCCUGCAUGACAAGCAUUUAAACAGACCCACUCUGGAUGACAGCAGUGAGGAGGAGCAUGCCAUUGAAAUAACCACCCAAGAGAUCACGCAGCUCUUCCACAGGUGCCAGCGUGCCGUGCAGGCCCUGCCGAGCCGUGCCCGGGCCUGCUCCACGCAGGAGGGGCGGCUGCUGGGCAAUGUGGUGGCCUCCCUGGCACAGGCCCUGCAGGAGCUCUCCACCAGCUUCCGGCACGCACAGUCGGGCUACCUCAAACGUAUGAAGAACCGAGAAGAAAGAUCCCAGCAUUUUUUUGAUACGUCAGUACCACUAAUGGAUGAUGGAGAUGACAAUGCACUUUAUGACCGGGGUUUUACCGAUGACCAGCUGGUGCUGGUGCAGCAGAACACGCUGACGGUGGAAGAGCGGGAGAGGGAGAUCCGCCAGAUUGUGCAGUCGAUCUCCGACCUGAAUGAGAUAUUUAGGGACUUGGGAGCCAUGAUCGUAGAACAGGGUACAGUCCUGGAUAGAAUUGACUAUAAUGUUGAACAGUCCUGUAUCAAAACCGAAGAUGGCUUGAAACAGCUUCACAAGGCAGAACAGUAUCAGAAGAAGAAUCGGAAGAUGCUUGUGAUUUUAAUAUUAUUUGUCAUCAUCAUUGUCCUCAUUGUUGUCCUCGUCGGCGUGAAGUCUCGAUAAGUGGCCCUGGGUGCUCGUGUGGGCCGCACGUGUGGACGUCGGGUGUGCAGAGCUGCAGCCCUGGAACCCGAGGGCACCGGGCAGCGAUCUUUCACGGACUCUACUCCCCCCAGUCGCGCUCAAGAGAGGGGGAUAGCUUUUGUUUUUCCUUCAUUGUUGAGAGUUUAAGGACCCUUGAUACUGCUGCAGAAAAAGGUUGAGUUCUGGGAUCGGUUAUAAUAUAUAUUUUUUUUAGAAAGAGAAAAUGUAUUGAAAGUUUACAGGCACUGUAGAAGCUGUUCGGUAUUAGAUGUGUAUAUGCUAUUUUUUUAGCAGUCAUGUCUGAGCAGCAUGUUCAAAUAAUUUUUGGAAAAAAAUUUUUUAAACCAUCUGGUUUUUAAGAAAUUGGUCCCAAAAAUUUAUGAGUAGAGGCAAAAAUGCCUCUUCCUCUUUCUCUCUAUAUUUUCCAGUUGAAAACAAACUAAGAAGUCCUUUAAGAAUUUAUAAUCCAUUCCCCAUUAACUUAAUUUAGCUUUUCCAUCACUGUUAAUGAUCAGAGUAACAAAGUGUGAAAAAUAAGAACCAUCAUUGAUGUUAAUUAACACAUUUAGAUGGGCCAGUUAAAACAGCUUCAUAAGUUUAAAUUAAUUGUAAAUGGAAUAUUCCUCAUUUGAAAUGUUUGCACUGCAUUUUCUACUGUAAACCAAAAGGGGUUACUAAGCAAAACCACCUAAAUUUAAAAGUUGAUGAUUUGAAUGAACCUUACAUUAAAAGGAAACUUGCCAGUGUCAUGAAAGUCACCGGAUUCAGCCAGUGGAUAUCCCCAGCCAUCCUUGCUCAAUCCAUUACUUAUAUACCAACUACAUAAUGACCUGUUCAAACCAGACUCCAUUUAAUGAACUGUGAAUUUACACAGAGGCCAUUUUAAAUGGGUCACCCCAUUUAGGAUUAGUGGGUCUCAAAUUAUUAACCAAACAUCACUCCAUUUCAAAGUAAAAUAUUCCACCAGUGGUUUGAUUUAUCGGCUCUUCCAUGGCCACUGAGCAAUGCCCAGAAAGCAGGCAUGUUGCCAAGGACUGUGGCGGUCUAGACGUGGGAACCCUUGUGCGUGAGCGGAUAGCUCGCCCAAGCAGGGUGUGUUGCUUCCCUGCCUGUUAUCAACAGGGUGCUCGCAUCUAUUCCUGGCACUGUGGGAUAACGUAGAAAGUGGUGAUAACUCUGAAAACUGAAAUUGUUUAUGUUUUAUUGGCCUUGUUUUGAUUGACACCAGUAUAGUCUUCUUGGUCUUUGUGUAAUUUUUUAUGACUUUUCCGUUGUUUUUGCUUCUCUUAAAAAGUUUAAGAAGAACAUGACGUCAUUAAAUGCGUUACGUUUUGUUUGGACCAGUCACAUAAAAUGUCCCUUUUAUAGAAUUGACUUUGAAGUUGUUUCCAGAAAUGUAAACUUGAGGCCAGAGAUUCAGGUUGUCCAAACACAUUAUGGGCUUGACCCCCAAGCCCUAGCCUUCCCUUCCUAAGCUGUUGCUGCCUCCAGGCAGCCACUGGAUUUAUUUCUGGUGAAACUGCAAAGUGAAAUGAAGGUGGCCCUUGCAUUUCAGGAAGUAGCAUGCUAUUCCCUGAGAAACACAUUAGGAGAGGUGGUCAGGGAAUAAGGCCCAGUGCCUCCUCAGUCACCUGAGUGUGGGGCCACCGCAAUCCUGAGGAUCCCCGGAGGGUCCUGCAGUCUCAGUCAAUGUUAGCCCUGGUCAGAGUGUUCCAGGCAGACCUGCUGCUCUUAGGGGUGGGGAUGUUCAACCUUGGGGGCUUGCCUCAACAGUAGUCUAUGGUGGCAACACUGUACUUGUGUUGGAGCGUUUUUAAAUGCUGAGUCAUACCCUUGAAGGAAAGUGACCCUUUAAGAAAGGAUCACCAUUUAUUUAUAUUUAUUUUCACAAACAGAGUGAUUAGGGUUGGUUUUUGUUUCCUCAACCCAUUUGGGUAAAAUAAUGAAUCUGAUUAGCAAUUGUUUUAAGGCUGUCAUGUGGGGAUGGGGAAUGACCCCAUUCUGCCUGAAGCCAGCCCAAGGCCAGCUGAAGUCCUGCUAUGGGCUGUGUGACUGGAAGGAAACCAACAGACCGGCCUGGAGCUGGCCCCAGAGCCCAAACCCAGGUGUGACUUGUUGGCUUCUCAAACCACUGUCUUUUUCUGUUGAGCCUGUACCUGAGGGAAGAUCAGUAGCAUUUGGAGAAGAAAAAACAAUGAUAUUCUGGUGCCUCAGGUUUUCUUUCCCUCCGAAUGCGAUGGACUCCGUGGUCAGGUGCCAGCCACCAUCUGUGGGCAUGCCAUACCCUUCCAGCCUCUCUGUUGGACCAUGGAGGUAAUGAUCACCCAGUCUGGUCUCCCCUGGCCUGGGUUGUGCCCUCAGAGGGCACCCAGAACUCAGCCUCCAGGUGCCCUGGCUGGCUCUAGCUGAGGGGGGUGGGAGGGAAGCAGAAAUGUUUACCGCUGGUUCUCUCAUGCUCCUGAUCUUUCCUGAGAUCAUAACUGAAAACUGCUGUCUCUUGUUUUGUUCGCUUUGGGGGUGGUGGUGCUGGCUGGGCUCUGCCAUGUGAAGCAGUGUGUGUCUCUAAUUUAACGGAUUUACCGCUUUCUCUGCUAAUUGAGAGAGCAUUAUUUAUUUGUUUUGACACAAGUGCUUUCAGUGUUUUAUCCUAGCUAAUGGCUUCUUAAGGUAAUAAAACCCUUCCAACCUAAUUGGUCAGAUAAGGCUUUUUUUCUUGUAUGCUUAAAUAAAGCAAUUAGUAGAGCGCUUCUAUCCAAAAUGACUUUUUUUUGUCCUUUUUUAAAACUAAUUUACUGUUACUGGAAACUUUUUGUACAAUAAAGCAAUCAUGCAGAUUAAAGAACA